AUGGCAACGAGCAGUACAGGGGUAUAUCUCACUGUGGAACCAAGGAAACCCCCCUACCACACCCGACAAGCCUCGCAUUUCUGCCACAUGGCUUGCUCAGGUCUUGAAUGCAACAGGACUUCCGGCGAACUGGCGCGCUCUCAAGUGUUUUGGCUCUCCGGGGCCAGAAUAAAUACAAACUGGAUGUUCGCAUGCGAUUUCUUUACGUUUGUUUCAGCAUCGCACACACUCCUUAUCGAUCUCAAGAAGAAGAAACGAGGAGAACGCUCCCAGCUGGCCAAGAUCAUCACCCGACCCCUCGAUCGAGUUACAUAUGCCUUUCUAGAACGCCAUCUACCCGAUGAAUUCCGUUCAUCUGACAGCCUACAGGCGCCUGCGACCGCUCUAAAUAACCUCACUAAAGAAGUAGGUAUAAUUACCAUACGUCAGCACUUCAUAAGAGCUGGACUUGUUGUCGACACAGCCGAUAAACAUAUCCAGGGGCACGCGUUUCGUCGCGGCUUCUCACAGAGUGCAUUCAGUUUGAGGGUGCCGGACGAUAUCAUCGCCGGCAUCAUGAGCAUCGAUAAAAAAAUCACUGGAGAGCUAUCGCUCGGUUACUACCGCUUCCGACACUGA